UCCGUGCGGAUGUCCAACCUGGAGAAUGACCGAGACGAGAGAGACGACGACAGCCACGAAGACAGAGGCAUCAUCAGCAACACUCGAUUUAUAGCAGCAGUCAUCGAACGACACGCACACAGCCCAGAACGGAGACGUCGGUACUGGGGCCGAUCUGGGACAGAGAGUGACCACGGGUACAGCACCAUGAGUCCCCAAGAGGACAGCGAAAAUCCUCCCGGCAACAACGACCCCUUAUCGGCCGGGGUCGACGUCGGCAACCACGACGAGGACCUGGACCUGGACACCCCCCCGCAGACGGCGGCCCUGCUGAGCCACAAGUUCCACCACUACCGGCUGCACCACCCGACCCUCCACCACAACCACCACUUACAGGCAGCCGUGACAGUACACACUGUGGACGCAGAGUGCUGACGACCCCCUCCUGGCCCUGGAGAGGAGACCACCGAAGGGAACGGGGCAGGGGUGGGCUCGGAGGUGGGCUCUGCGGCUUGGAGAUGUGUGUGAAGAGGCGGCGAGGAUCUGGGUCCUGCCAGGCGCUCGAACUCUUUUCCUGCUUGUUGUAGAAUGCUGAAGAACAACCAGUUACGUUAGGGUGAAUGUCCGGCCGGCUGGGAAAUAAAGUCUGAUGAAUGGACCUGCCAUAGCAGGAACAAAGGGGGAGGGAAGGCAGAACUCCAAACGCAGGGAGGAAACUUUAAAGCCCCGGUCAAGCCGGGGGCCGGGGACGGGCAGCUUUCCUUAAGCGGAAGAGCAGAAAUGCAGGAGAGCCAGGACCCAGGAAGGCAACGUCUCCAGCUACCAGUACGAUCCUCUGGGUGGCUUGCUGGUUCGCUUGUUUUUCCCAGUGUUUCACUUGGUUUCUCAAAGAUCCAUCGAGCCGGCAGUCACUGUAGGGGACCCGCGAGGACA